AUGUCCAGGAGCAGCGAUGCUCUUCCAUAUGCUGUGGUGGUUGCUGCGGCAUUGGCACUGUUUGUGCCAGCGUCAUUUGCCUGGUUCACCCCGCCCAUGUAUGCCCCUGGCCUGGGCUUCUUGAUGUUCGCGGUGGGUGUGAACCUCAAAGUGGAGGCUUUUAAAGAAGUCUUCAAGAAGCCUCAGUACAUUGCGGUUGGAGCUGUGGGGCAGUGGCUGGUCAAACCAUUGCUGGGGCUCAUUCUUGCGCUCACACUGGUACCAAUGCUUGGUCUCCCCAAUGCAGUCGGCACAGGCUUAAUCCUGGUGUCUUGUGUCUCUGGAGCACAGCUGUCAAACUAUGCAACAUUCUUGGUGCAUCCAGAGCAAGCUCCGCUCAGCAUUGUUCUGACUGCGCUGUCAACUGCGGCGGGGGUUCUCAUGACUCCUGCACUUGCACUGCUGCUGCUGGGGGCCCGUAUUCCUGUCGACCCUCAGGGCAUGGCACUGUCCAUCACACAGAUUGUCCUGCCCUUCCUCACAUUCUUGUCCCUGCUGGACACCUGCGCCUGUGUUGGAGCUUCUCUUGCAUCCAACAGCGCAACCGCGCGCAGUUCCACAGGGCUCACUGUGCUUCUCCCGGUGGUAGUGCUGCAUGUUGCCGCCUACUACUUUGGAUUUCGGUUGGCACGGUCUACAAUUGCAAAGGAGUCCAUUCCUUUGGCCCGCUGCAUCUCCUUGGAGACAGGAAUGCAGUCAAGCCUCCUGGGCCUUUUGCUGGCGUCCAGAUUCUUCAACGAUCCCCUUGUGUCGCUGCCUUGUGGCAUCUCCACAAUAUUCAUGACACUUAGCGGAUUUGCAUUGGUGGUGUGGUGGAAGAGAAAGGCGGCAGUGUAA